UUUCAACUGCCUGAAUUACAAUCACAUGAUCCUGGGGACGUUGUGGCAGUUACAACUACAAGGACCCAUCGCAAGCGCUCCUCACUCAGGGCUGUGGAAACGGAGUGGUCUCUGAAGAACCAUCUGAGCCAUAAUGGAAGUGGUUUCAUCCUGGAUCCCAGCUAUUGGCUUCACAGUCUUGCCUAAUAUAGGGGGUUUUUUAACAGCCCCAAUAGUCAAGAGGGAAAUGAUGUGGUAUAGAUCCUUGAAACUACCAUCCUGGCGUCCACCAAACUGGUUGUUUGGACCUGUGUGGGGAACUUUAUAUGCAUCAAUGGGAUAUGGAUCUUACUUGGUAUGGAGGGACUUGGGAGGUUUCAAUGAAAGGUCCUUUGCUCCUCUGGGACUGUAUGUGGGGCAACUGGCCUUGAACUGGUCGUGGACUUCUGUCUUCUUUGGACAACACAAACUAGGAUUGGGGCUGUUUGUUCUAUUACUCAUUACAGGAACAGCAACAGCUACAACGGUGGCUUGGAAUCAUGUGAACAAAACUGCAGCAUGUUUGAUGUAUCCAUACAUAGCUUGGUUAAUGUUUGCCUCUCUGCUCAAUUACCGCAUCUGGAGGGAUAAUCUUGAUAAGAAAAACUAGAGAUAGUUUUUUUUUAAAUGAGUACAAUUAAAGUUCCACCAUCAUUAUAGUUCCACU